AUGUCUUCUUCGUCCUCGUCCCUAGAAGCUCGCAAGCAGGAGAUCUUGGCCAAGCGUGCCAAACUCGCCGAGCUCAAACGCCAGCGUGCUCAGCGUCAAAAGGAGUUCACAUCGGCGCGCGAGAGUGGAGAUGCAGCAGAGCUCAUCUCUCCUUCGCCCUCGCGUGCUAACAGCCGCGCAGACCUGGACCAGCUCAUCUCUACUCUUGUCGACCGUCCUGGCCGCUCCACCCCUCGCGAUUUGGACUCACCCACCACCUCGGCAAACAUUGGCGCAAGCCGUCCUAAUUCUGUCUCACUCGAUAGUCCAUCUGCUGCUUCCACUCCCGCUCCUCUUUCCCUGUCCAAUCAGACUCUCUCCUUCACCGCCGUCUCCACAGUCCUCAACCAGCCUUCAGAUCCCAAGCCCGACGUUAUCACAUACAGCAAGGGUGUACAAACCAGUGAGCCGUGGUCACCGCAGCACAACCGCCAGCCUUCAGACGAUGACUCGAGUUAUUCACCUUCGAGAACGAGGAAACGCUUGAGCAGGAGAGAGCGCGAAAGAGACGAGGAGCUGAGGCAGAACAUUCGCAAGGAGAUUGAGGAUGAGUUGCAGGCUCUCAAGCUGUCGGAAGAUGCUGCCUCUACGAACGGCAAGCAGAACUUCCCUGCCCGCACAUUGACACAUGAAGAGUUGGGCGCUGUCACUGCAUCAGACGACUUUUUGGACUUUAUCGAUCGAUCUACAAAGGUCAUUGAAAGAGCAUUGGACGAAGAGUACGACGUUCUCGCUGACUACGCUAUGCGUGGCGCGAAUGGUUUGGACGAUGACGAUGAGGAUGGCCAAACACGCACUGUCAAAGGCCGUCGUGUGCGCGAGUUGAUGCAGUUUUCAGACGACCGCUGGACAAAACGUCGCAUGAUCAGUGACCUUGACUACUCUGUCAAAUACCCCGAGCUGUUACUAGCUUCAUACACAAAGGCUUCCAACUCUUCGCAAAGCGCUCCUGGCUUGGCUCUGGUCUGGAACGCACAUAUGCCGUCUCAACCAGAAUAUGUCUUUACCGCGACGAGUGAUAUCCUCACUGCUCGUUUCUCACCUUACCAUCCAAGUCUCGUACUAGGUGGUACAUACUCUGGCCAAGUCUGUCUGUGGGACAUCCGCCAACGCUCUCAUGACGGCGCACCAGUGCAACGAACACCCCUUGCUGGCGAAAAGGGAGGCCACGCCCACCCUAUCUACAGUGUUGCAGUGGUCGGCACUCAAAAUGCCAGCAGUAUUGUCAGUGUCAGUACCGACGGCACAACAUGUGCUUGGUCUUUCGACAUGCUAUCAAAGCCUCAAGAAUAUCUUGAGCUUACUUCACCACCAGGGCGUAACCGCACAGAGGACAUCGCUCCAUCAUGUAUUAGUUUCCCCAAGGCAGAUCCAACAUACUUUCUGGCCGGUACCGAAGAAGGUGCUAUCUUGCCGGUCCACAGAUACGAUCGUGCGGGCGCAAAGGCUGGUAUUGACCCGCGUAUCUACUAUACUGGCCACGCCGCACCUGUGACUGGACUCGACUUCCAUCCGAGUAAAGGCAAAGUCGAUCUCGGCGACCUUGCAAUCAGUUCUUCUCUAGAUUGGAGCGUCAAAAUCUGGCGCGUCAAGCCUCCGAGCACAGCUGUUACCACUGCUGGAGUAGGCACAGCUCUGGGAGUACCGGAACGACCAUUGCUCGAAAUCAUGCGCGAGGAUGUCAUUUAUGAUGUCAAGUGGUCGCCCACGAAGCCCGGUGUCUUUGGUUGUGUCGACGGUGCAGGAAGACUAGAAGUCUUUGACAUCAACGUUGAUGUCGAGGUGCCUGUCGCACGUGCUCAGCCAAGCCAUACCCAGGGCGAUGUGUUUGGCGUCAAGAGCUUGAACAGACUCGCAUGGGAACACAAUGAAGGCAAGCGGGUUGCCGUUGGUGGUCUUGACGGCAUCGCAACUGUCUUUGAAGUAGGCAAUGACCUUGGCGGACUCGAGGGAAACAACAAGGGCGAAGACUGGUUUGGGGUCAAGCGUCUCAUCUCUAGACUUGACAGGUCACGGGAAGGGGCCGAUAGAUGA